AUGUGGCCCCUGGCCGCGGUGAUCGCCUUUCUGACCACGGCCCUGUCAGGCGGCAUCUCUCAGGAGCAUCCCAAGAUUAUCAAUGGCACCAAUGGGACCAAUGGGUUUCUCCCAGGUGGUUACACCUGCCCUCCCCACUCUCAACCUUGGCAGGCAGCCCUGCUGGUACAGGGGCGGCUGCUCUGUGGGGCGGUCCUCAUCCACCCCAGAUGGGUCCUCACUGCGGCACACUGUCUGAAGAACGGAUACAGAGUCCACCUGGGCAAGCAUGCCCUGGGGCAUGUAGAGGCUGGGCAGCAGGUGAGGGACGUAGUCCGUUCUAUUCCCCACCCUCAGUACCGGAGCAGCCCCACUCACCUGAACCAUGACCACGAUAUUAUGCUUCUGGAGCUGCAGUCCCCAGUCCAGCUCACGAGCCAUAUCCGCAUCCUGCCUCCCUCCCGCAAUGACUGCCUCCCCCCUGGCACCUGCUGUCGGGUGUCUGGCUGGGGCACCACUAUCAGCCCCCAGGUGAGUUUCCCACAAACCUUACAGUGUGCCAACAUCCAGCUGCGUUCAGAUGAGGAGUGUCGUCAAGUCUACCCGGGGAAGAUCACACCCAACAUGCUUUGUGCCGGCACCCAGGAAGGCGGCAAAGACUCCUGUGAGGGCGACUCCGGAGGCCCCCUGGUCUGUAACGGUGUGCUUCACGGUAUCAUCUCCUGGGGAGACUUCCCAUGUGGGCAGCCCAACCGGCCUGGCGUCUACACCCGAGUCUCUAAAUAUGUUCCAUGGAUCCGAGAAACAAUCCAAAAAUGGACAACUCAGGAGCAGAAAUGGACGAAGGGCCCACAAUAA